AUGAGGACUGAGACCCCCGCCGCCUCCAUGCCUCUCCCCGACGCAACCAGCGAGAUCCGCCGCCUACUACCCCCCCUUGGCCCCGAAGAGGACCUCGAGGCGUACUUCGAGACCUUCGAGAGUAUCGCCCGCUGGGAGGGGUGGUACUGUGACGACUGGCCCCGUGCCCUUGGUGCCCGACCACGUUGCCAGAUGAACGCCCUCAUCCGGAUCACCAAACGAUGGCUCCGACCGGAUCGGCAUACCGCCUCGGAGGUGGCGGAGAAGGUGGCGAUCGACCGUUUCCUGAGAGCGCUACCCCGGGCAGAGAGACAGGCCAUGGGGGCCCACGCCCCAACUACGCCCCAGGAACUCCUGACUGCCCUGGAGCGAACCUUGGCCACCCUGGAGCUCGACUCCGGGGAGCAGCAGCACCUCGAUCGGCCCCUCGGUGCCCAGGGCCCCCGGUCCGACCGCCAGACCCAGCCCGCAUCUGGAGGAACCCCCAGAGGGCGCCCACUUCUGAGGUCCAGAUCCGGAGCGAAGCCGGCACCUGGCCCCUCCAGGUCGGAAUCAUCCCCGAACUCCCUGUGCCCCUCCUCCUGGGACGAGACUGGCCAGGAUUCCGGGUGGUACCGAGAGCCGAGCCCCGGAGAUCACGGCGGCGGGGGAAGGGGAUCCCAACCUGGCCGGCCUACCUGGCCCAGGACGACGGAGAGGCCACCUCAGAAGGUGAAGCACCUCUGGAUGUCCGUCUACCACCCCCAAUCCGACGGGUUUGUUGAGAGGUUCAAUCAGACCCUCAAGCGGAUGCUGCGCCGGGCGUCCACGGGCUUCACGCCCUUCGAGCUCCUGUUCGGGCGGCGGCCGCGGGGAUUGUUGGAUGUAGCCCGCGAAGCCUGGGAGGAGCAACCAUCCCCUUUCCACUCCGUCGUCGAGUACAUGCAGGACAUGCAAGCAAGGAUUGACAGGCGCCGGGGCCAAGUCAACUACCGCCUACAGCAGCCCGGUAGGCCGAAGGACGAGAAGCUAUACCAUGUAAACCUGCUGAAAAAGUGGGUGGAACCAACCCCGGUGGUGUCGCCGUUCACAGCUCAGGACUCGGACCGGGGCAAGGGCUAUUGGCAAGUGGCGCUCGCACCGGAGGCAAGGCCCAAGACAGCCUUUAGCACGGCCACCGGCCACUGGCAGUACCGGGUUCUCCCAUUUGGACUGCACUGGGAGCCCGCCACGUUCCAGCGGCUAAUGGACAUCCUCCUGCGACCCCACCGACAGUUUGCCGCAGCCUACCUGGACGACGUGGUCAUACACUCCUCCACCUGGGCUGACCACCUGUUCCACCUCAGGGAGGUCCUGAAAGCCCUCCGGGAGGCCGGCCUGACGGCGAACCAAAAGAAAUGCCACCUAGGGCUGAUGGAAGCCCAGUACCUGGGAUACCGCAUCGGACGGGGAAUGCUGAAGCCCCAACAAAAAAAGAUUGAGGCUGUGAAGGACUACCCACGUCCGACAUCGAAAAAACAGGUACGUGCCUUCUUGGGAUUGGCGGGCUACUACCGCAGGUUCGUGCCUAACUUUUCUGCUGUAGCCUCUCCCCUCUCAGACCUUACAAAGAAGGGCCAGCCAGACCAGGUGAGGUGGACAGCCGAUGCAGAAAGGGCCUUCCAGGCCCUAAAAGAGGCCCUCACCAGCGCGCCGAUACUCCGCAACCCGGACUUUGACCUCCCUUUCACUGUACAUACUGAUGCUUCCGAGACCGGGCUGGGCGCCGUCCUCUCCCAGACCUUCAACGGGGAAGAACACCCAGUCCUCUACAUCAGCCGGAAGCUGUCCCCGGCCGAGAGGAAGUAUGCGGCGGUCGAGCGGGAGGCACUAGCAAUAAAAUGGGCCAUCGAGGAGCUGAGAUACUAUCUGGCGGGCAGGCACUUCGUCCUCAUAACAGACCACGCCCCCCUACAGUGGAUGGCCAAGGCGAAGGACACCAACGCCCGGGUAACCCGCUGGUUCCUCGCCUUACAAGACUUCUCCUUUCAGGUUAAGCACCGGGCGGGGGCCCAGCAUGGUAACGCGGAUGGGCUCUCACGACGAGACGCCCUCUGGGCCCACCACCGAGCGGCAGUAGGCUCGGAGCUGAGGGGGGGGUACUGUCGCGACGGGCAGAGAGCCGGCGCACACAAGAGGGAAAACGCUCCUUCUCCAACUGCCGCACCGGCACGACGUGGGCAGCUUCCUGCCGAACAUUCCGCCAGCGGGAAGGACCGCCGCGGCAGGGCGGGACUGACGCGACUCCGGCCAGCGAUUGGCGGAUCCAACGGGGAAGUCCCACCACUCAGGCGAUGGCGGAGGAGGAUAAAAGGGCGCGCUUCCGGCCGGGAAGCGGAAGAGAAUAUCGUAGCGUCAAGACGGACUCCGAGGUACAAGCGCGGACGAGACCACCGGAUAGUGAGAGUCGCACAUACGGAGGACGCCGGCCCGGGAAAACCCCCGCCCCGCCUCGGGAAUCCCGCCUCCGCCACGAGUAGACUCCGCCGGCCGUCACGCCUCCACAAAACCCCGCACUCAUCCACUUAUAACCCAUUCACCUCACCCUAGCCACAAUAAACCACCGUUUGCGAACAUC